ACUACACGAUCUCCGUCUCGUAAAAGUAGUAUUGCAAAUACUAAUAGCACUCGACCACAAAAUGGUCCGGAAACGGCAAAUCACGUCUCGGAUCAGGCCGGAUCCGUGCACGAAGGAAGUACGGUGGGUACCUCACAGACAAAUGCAACCACUGGAUCGACUCCAACCCACGCUAAUGGACGUGCGUCCACUGGGACACCUGGUCGGUCAUCCGGCCGGCGACCAUGGAGGGAUCAACCAAACAUCGGCAAAUACAAAUUAAUUCGCACGUUGGGUCGGGGCAAUUUUGCGAAAGUAAAAUUAGCAGAACAUGUGUCUACGGGGCGACAGGUAGGUUGCUGUUUUCUGAUGAUGUCCAUGACCGACUCUCAUGUUCAUUUUAAUGGUCUGUACUAA